UGCACCAUCCGGGGCGGCAUGAACCGCACUGAGUCGGCGGAGUUGCUGAGAGGUAUGACGGAGCAGCAACUGGAAGACGACAUGGCGCACCUGUGGACGACGUGCGCCUCGCGCGCCAUGGCCGACGUGGCGGUGCUGAAGAACGCCACCGUGCACCACUACGUGACAGCCGACGCCGGUGCCCUCUUCGACCCUCCACUCACGCUCGACGAUGUCGCCACAUUCUUCAAGACAGGUGCAGUGCCACCGCUGAGAAGCGGCUUGCCGUGGCCGGUGUACGAGCGAGGUGGUGUGUCACGAAGCGCUCUCUCGCUCAACUCCAGCGAGGAUACCAUCGCCGAGGCGGCCAAUGAGAUCUGCAACAGGACACGGCCGUUUGUCCACUAUUUAUACUGAACUUCAUCACGCUACAGUACCGAGGGAGGCAGCCGCGUUUGUACAACAGACGCUGUCGUCAUAUGUACAGUUGGCACGCACGCUCGAACGACGAGGAAAAAACGUUUUACUGAUACGCACAAUAGAUCUGCA